GAAGUUUAUUUGGUUAUGUCAAAAUCUAGUACAUAGCACUAACAGAAAGCAGAGAAAAAGUCAAAUAAUAUUACGAAUUUUAGUUCUUUAUUUAUGCAUUAAUAGAAUACGAGAAACCAAUAUUUGUCAAAUAGAUUAAAUACUAUUAUUCGCGCCAUCGUACAUAUAAUAUUUAUAACUAUAAUUUAAUAAUUUCGUUGUUUGUGUAUGUACAAUAUAGUUUUGGAGUAAGAUUUCGACAUUGGUUUUAAUACAUAAGUCUACUUAGGCUACUACAAAAUGAGCUUAUGGGUUGAUAAGUAUCGUCCAACAACACUUGCAAAGCUGGAUUAUCAUCUCGAACAAGCUGAGGAUUUAAAAAAUAUGGUGCAAAAACGAGACUUUCCACAUUUAUUGGUUCAUGGUCCUCCUGGUGCGGGAAAGAAAACUCGAAUAUUAUGUAUUUUGAGAGAACUUUAUGGGAGCGCAGCUGAGAGAUUAAAAAUAGAAAACAUGCAAUUUGAGACAGCAUCUAAAAAGAAGUUAGAAAUAUUGACUAUUAGUAGUAAUUAUCAUACGGAAGUAAAUCCAAGUGAUGCAGGAAUUCAUGACAGAAUUGUUGUCAUGGAAUUAAUAAAAGCAACUGCACAAACACAUCACAUAGAUAUAAGUCAAAAGGAAUUCAAAGUGGUAUUAUUAUCAAAUGUGGAUCAGCUUACAAGAGAUGCACAGCACGCACUUCGUAGAACAAUGGAAAAGUAUAUCAAUACAUGCAGAUUGAUUCUUUGUGCAAACUCAACAUCACGUGUUUUACCUGCAAUUCGAUCACGAUGUGUGAGAAUCAGAGUUCCUGCUCCAACUACUUCCGAAAUCAAAAAUAUUUUACAUUCGAUUUGUAAACGUGAAGGACUUAAUUUGCCUGAUGAAUUUGCCAAUCGAGUAAUUGAAGCUAGUAACAGAAAUCUUAGACGGGCAAUAUUAAUGCUUGAAGCUUGCAAAGUCGAACAAUAUCCAUUUACUGUUGAUCAAAAAAUAACAGAACCAGAUUAUCAAGUAUAUAUACGAAAUACAGCUAAUAUGAUGGUUUCUGAACAAUCUCCUAAAGUACUUUUAGAGGUACGCAAUAGAUUUUAUGAUCUUUUAACACGUGCGAUACCGUGCGAUCUGAUAUUCAGAGGAUUACUACAAGAAUGUAUAAAAAAUUGUGAUGAUCAGUUGAAAAGAGAAAUUAUUGGUAUUGCAUCUGAAUAUCAGUAUAGAAUGAUACGUGGGUCAAAACCCAUAUUUCAUUUAGAAGCUUUUGCUGCACGAUAUAUGACAAUUUACAAAAGAUAUAUUGAAUCUUCUUUGGAAGGCUUUAUGUGAAAUUUAUAUUUUAUUUCUUUAAUAUAGUUUAUAUCUU